GGUGAUCAAUUAGGUGAGCUGCUGAACCGUUGCGGUCUGUCCUUCCUUGGUAGCCUCACAUUAGUAGGUAGUCGCUGGGCAUUCGUCAGCUGCGGGAUCAAAUUUGACGCACUGCCUCUGAUUAUAGUGCGCCAACAGCCUUUGCGCCAAUGUUCCCACCGCACGGAUAUGCUUGCCACUAACCAUCACUAGGCGAAUUCCUGAUCCGUCGACAAUCCAGGUGGUUUCAGCGAUUUUUCGUCGGCGAUCCCGGCAAACUUUGACUUCGAGGCCAUCUUCCAGGAUCUAUGCUUUCCGGGCAGGACCAAGGCAUCUCUUCUCAUUCUAAUCCUCAAUCUCCUUUGCGGCUCUGGUCGGAACCACUCAAGACUAACGACGACACUCCCCACCAGCGACGGCCGUUCCAAAAUCAAUCAUUGGGUCGACUCAAAAGUCGCGACCACACGCACCUGCCUCGCGUUCGAUCGCUGCACUGGACGGUCGGAUGCGCGCCUCCUGAAAGGUCGCCUUUAGAAAGGGAAUGGACGGCCUUGAUCGCGCCCUCAAGCUCUCGUCCAUCACAAUGGACAGCCUUGGUUGAGCCUCCUUCACUCUCUCUUCCGCAAUGGACGGCCGGCCGAGCAGCAAGCACCACUACCAUCAGCACCACCGCCAAUCCCCGCGCGUUGACCACGCGCUUCUAAGCCCCAGUAAGACCCGCCCCAGACGCUACCUCCCCCGGCUCUGCCUCCUCCUAUCCUCCGCUGUCUCCUCGAGCCGCCUGCUUCUAUUCCUCGCUGUGGGUGUCGCGUGCGUGUUCCUAUACUCCGUGCUUGAUAUCCGAUUAGAUGGCGGUGCAAUGGGGGACGGGGGGGGAGGAGGAGGUGGAGGAGGGGAUGGAGGUCCGGGAUUCGGUUCGUCGGCGGGCGAGUUCGCGAUCAGCUUCGGCAGCAGCCGCGGAAGCGGUAGCGGCAGCGCGGGGGGAUCGGCGGGAAGGGCGUUCUGGGGGGAUUCUAGGCGCGCGGCCGCAGCGAUAGACGAUCUGCUCGUAGCGGCCAUGCGCAAAUCGCGCUGGCGGGAUUUGGGGGAGUCGGCGCAGCAGCUGCUUUGGUCUUCCCCCGAUCCGGGGACAAAGGCGCGCGGAGCGGGGAAGGGCGGAGGCGGAGCGGGGGGCGCGGGGAGCAGCAGCGGGGGGGAGAGCCUGGCGGAACGGCGGAGGCUAAUGCGGCUAGGGUAUGAGGGCGGAGAAGGGGGGGAAGCGGGGGAGAAUGGGGGCAAAUCGGACCAAUCAGGAGCCGCGGCGAGCGCAAAAACCCUGUCCGCGUCUCUGAUUGGCUCCCGAGACCAGGGCUUACGUGGCAGUGCUGACGUGGAUCGUGCUCUAAACGAGCGCUUGGCUCGCGAUGUGACUAUAGUGAUCAGCGCAAAGCACACGUUCGGCACAGCAGCGGCGCAACUAGACGCGAUCCUAGCCUCCACCCCCCCGUGCCCCGUAAUUUACAUGAUUCCGGGGGCUAUGGACGCGCGCACGCGCGCGCACAUCAGGCGCAGACAAGCAGAGGGCGCGCGGGGGAUGUGGGGGGACUGGGCAGGCGCAGGGGGAGGGGGGGGAGCUGCCGGCGGGGGAUUAGGGUUUGAGGAUCAGGGGCAGAGGCGGAAGGGGAGGGGGAAGCAGAAGCAGGUGCGGGGAGGGCGGAGGAUACUCGUUAAAGAGAUGGAGGACCAAUACGCGAGCGGGUACUUAAUGCGAAACGCGUCGUCAGAGCUAAUUCGUACCAAGUACGUCCUUUUUGUGUUCUCUGACGUGUUCCCGUAUCGCCCCAACUGGCUGCAGCACCUGUUUCGAUUCGCUGAGAAGCGCCCAGAGGGGGUGGUGUUCCUGCCGUUUAUAUGGGAGUGGGGCGGGGAUGGGUUGGGGGGGCAGGUGAAGCAGCGCGCAGGGGGCAGCAGCAGAGGGGGCGCGGCAGGGGGAGGCGGAAAGGGAGGGGGGCGAGGAGCGGUGGCGUAUGGUGCCGGUGCUGCUGCAGGGGCUGCAGGCACUUCUGCUGCUGCUGCUGUUGCUGCUGGUGCUGCUGUUGCUGCUGGUGCUGCUGGUGCUGCUGGUGCUGCUGUUGCUACUGGUGCUGGUGUUACUGGUGCUGCUACUAGCAGUGCUACGGGUGGCACUGGUGGCGGCAGCAUGGGCAGUGGGUCGGUAGCAAAGCAGGAGGGCCUUAAAGCCCAUGCUGCCUUCGCCUCAGACAUGCUAUUCGACGAUUACAGCAACGACGGCAAGCUCUACCCGCAGCCAAUCGAGGACGUCCACGUGGCAGGCACACGGGAUCCGAGCCUCCUGGAGCCUCGGGAAUCUCCAGUAGGCGUGGAGGAUCACUGCAUGCUGGUUCGGCAGUCGUUUCUCUCCGAAGCUGUUUUGUUCGACCCUAGGGUUGGGUAUACCCGGCAGGAUUUAGACCUGGCGCUUACCACACGGUAUUUUAACUACAAGUCGUACUUAGUGCCGCAGUCUAUAGUGGUGUACCACCACCCGUCUUCGAGCGUCGGUGCGCGGGAUUUGAUUUACUUUGCGAAGCAGAGCGGGGACGACGUGUGCUCGGCCAAUCAGGUGUUUCUGCGGCACAAGUGGGGGAUUAUAACGGGGCAGCAGUGUAGAGGGUUCGUGGAUGCGACUCUAAGGAGUCACGUGUGGACCACAGAGCCUGUGGGGGGUGAAUCGCAGGCAGUUGAUCAUCAAGGGGCGGAUCCUCAGGGGGGUGAGGAAGGGAUGGAGGUGAGGGGUACAGCUGGUGCUAGUGGUGAGGAGGGUCGGGCAGGGGGAGGGAGAGAGGGAGUAGAGGCAGGUGGGAGAGCUGCUAGUGAUGACAUCAGCAGCAGCAGCAGCAGCACCACCACCACCACCCCCAUCCACACCCCCUCCCGCUUUCUCGUUCCCAAUGGCCAAUCAGAGCAGGCGCAGCUCGUCCUCGCCUUCUUCUCAUUGGCCGGCUUCAACCGCUUCCAGAUGCGCCACCUGCCAGCCUGGCAGUCGCUCCCCGCUGCCCCGCCAGCUGUCUGCCACGUCAGGGACAGGACCCUGUGCCAGAUCCCGAUCCCCUGGAUGGCUGUUGCCGCCCGGUUCGUGCCCUUUGUGGACCGACUUGCGACGCUCCCAGAUGCACUAGCAGAGUAUGGUAAAGCUGCUGCUGCGGCUGCUGCUGCGGCUGCUGCUGCUGGUGGUGGUAGUGGUGGUAGUGCUGGUGUAGGGAGUGGGAAAAUUGGGAGCAAGGAUAGAAAUAGCAGUGCCAUUGCCGAAGCUGAGGUUCGGGGAGAGCCGGAGCUGUGGUUCGGCCGAGCCGAGGAGUACCCGAGCCUGCGGGUGAACCGGGUGGAGGACCUGUGGCGGGCGGCGUCGCUGCGAGACGGGCAACUGUUCAUGAUUCGGCACGGAGUGGUCAAACACGGGGAGAAACAUCCAGGAAGGCGUGCUCCUGAGCUACCCUUCCUAAUGCGGCUAUACCACCCGUUUUUAAUGGUGGAACUAGAAAUGGAGGUGUUAACUGGGGCAGGUGGGGAGGGGGAUGAGGGGGAGGGGGAGGACAAGGGGUGGUGGAUGGGGGAGAGUGAGGGAGGGGUGGAAGUGGGGGGGGGGGUGAGAGGGGGCCGGGACAGGAGCAAGAGGACGGGAGGGGCGGGAAAGACGGUUCUGGAGUCGAGCCUGUUUGAUGGGCUGUCGGUGGUUGUGGAGGAGAAAUGCUUCUUCCCACCAUCAAUACCUUCAGCUUCAGCUUCCAACCUUUCAUCCUCCUCCUCCUUCUCCUCUUCUUCUUCCUCUUCCUCCUCUUCCAGAUUUACCUCUAUCAAAACCACCACGCCUGGCAGCGCUCCCAAUGCGUCCCAACCCCUAGGCACACUACUAACACCCUACCCUUCCUCCUCCACCGUACCUUCCUCCCAACCCUGCGCCCGUUCGGCACGGUACUUCCGAGCCUGGAUGUACGUUCGGCACACCGACCCGGACCACACAGCCCUCCACAUGUUUGACCGCUUCCGCCGCUCGCUCCGCCGCUCCCUGCCCUCCUCCCCCUCGGGGUGGAUCAGCACCACGCGCAUGCACUGGCUCGCGCCACGGUUACGGCACGCAGUAACGCGGUUACGCGUGGUGCGGUGCGUUCCGAGCAUCUCGGAUGGGUGCGAGAUGGGGUGGCGCGUUGGGGGGGUGCCGGACGCGUGGCGGCUGCUGCUGUGGGCGUGGCGGCCGCAGAGCGUGCGGACGGCGCAAGUGCUGUUGAUGAGCGCUGAUACUCCUGCUGUGGAUGAUUUUUCCACCAAGGCUCUGUGGACGUGAUCGGGAGUUCGGGGUUUGUAGCAUGCGAGUACAGUGGCGCACGGGAGGUAACAUGCACGCUACAGAUACGAUUUGCUUUAGGAGUGACACAUUAUUGGAGUGCGGCUUCACAACUAGGCAAAUGGUGAUGGUAAGGGCGUGCUGAACUGUGCACGUCCUUUGCACAAUGGUCGCAUGUAAAACUAUAGCAUUCAAUUUGAUAUUGCACAUUCAUGCUUCGAUACUUGUA